AUGAAGUGUAGACCAGUUGACACAAUAUUUGAAGCUUCUUCAUUUAAUAAAAGUAAAAGAAACAAACUCGAAUUUUAUGAUGAAAAAUUAAACGAGUUCUUUGAAAAUGGUAUCAUAAAUUAUAGUCUUCUAGAAAUCGUAGGAGAAUGUGGAACUGGAAAAACCCAACUGGCUCUUACGAUAUGCGCAGAUGAACUUUUAAAUAUUUAUGAACGAAGAAAAAAAGAAAAAAAAAAAAAAAAUGAACAAUAUAAUCAUGAUGAUAUAAAAAGGGAUAUUGUUUUUUAUAUAUAUGCAAACAGGACAUUUCCUAUACAUAGAUUAAUUGAAAUUAUUGAAGCCAAAAUAAAAAAAAAAGAAAAUUCUUUUGAAUAUUAUAAAAAUAAAAAGGAAGAUCAUGUUAAUAAAUACCAAUCGAAUAAUGUUGAGUGUAAAGAAAAUAUAAUAAAUUCUCACAACAUUACACAUAAUGAAAGAGACCCGUUAGAUAAUUAUGAAUUAAAAGAAAAUGAAUACAUGAUAAAAAAAAAUAUUGUAAAAAGUGUUUUAAAAAAUUUAUAUAUUUAUAAAAUAAAUGAUGAGAAAGAUUUUUUUUGUUUAUUUGAAAAAGAUAUCUUUUAUAUUUUAAAAUAUUACAAUAUUUCUAUUCUAGUCAUUGAUUCACUUAAUUAUAUAUUUCGUGGUAUGGAAGAGAAAUUCGAUAAUAAUAAAAAGAAACAAUUUUUUAUUCAAAUAUCCUUACUUUUAAAAAAAAUUUCUUAUGAACAUAAUUUCUUUGUAUUUUUAAUUAAUAGUACUAACAAUAAGAAGGAUUAUCUUGACUUUUCAUAUGACACAACUAAUACUAUGAUACAUUCUUCCUGCUCAAAUACUGUCAUAUAUCUUAAAAAAAUAAAAUCCUAUAAUUCUAUUAGAAGAACUAUGAGUAUAAAAUAUUCAGAAUUCUUGGUCAAAUAUAAGUCGAUCAAUUUUCAAAUAACCCACGAGGGUUUUCACAUAAGCGGAUAG